AUCAACUGUUAAAACUUUGUAACCAUUUGACUUUUUGUCCAUCCUUCACUUAUUGAGUUGUUGUGUUCAUGUCACGUUAUAACGCUAAAGAGAUAAAACAAACAUAAAAGAAUCUUCUUUGCUCUCUCCCCUUCGCACUUUCCUCCUCCUUCUGAGACACUGAAGAUGAGAGAGAUAAUAAGUAUUCAUAUUGGACAAGCCGGAAUUCAGGUGGGGAAUUCAUGUUGGGAGCUGUAUUGCCUUGAGCAUGGAAUUAACCCUGAUGGCACCAUGCCCAGUGAUACCACAAUUGGCAUUGCACAUGAUGCUUUCAACACCUUCUUCAGUGAGACCGGAUCCGGAAAGCAUGUGCCAAGGGCUUUAUUUGUUGAUCUGGAACCUAGUGUUAUUGAUGAAGUAAGAACUGGUGCUUACAGACAACUCUUUCACCCUGAGCAAUUAAUCUCUGGCAAGGAAGAUGCUGCUAAUAAUUUUGCAAGGGGACACUACACUGUUGGAAGAGAAAUUGUUGAACUAUGCCUUGAUCGUAUCAGAAAAUUAGCAGACAAUUGCACUGGCUUGCAAGGAUUCUUGGUUUUCAAUGCUGUUGGUGGUGGUACUGGUUCUGGUUUGGGAUCAUUGCUUUUGGAACGGUUGUCUGUCGAUUAUGGGAAGAAGUCUAAACUUGGCUUUACCAUCUAUCCUUCUCCUCAGGUAUCCACAGCAGUUGUUGAACCUUACAACAGUGUACUUUCCACUCAUUCUCUUCUUGAGCACACUGAUGUGGUUGUGCUUUUGGACAAUGAAGCAAUAUAUGAUAUCUGUAGAAAAUCAUUAGAUAUAGAAAGGCCAACGUACACUAACUUGAACCGUCUGAUAUCUCAAAUUAUCUCUUCCUUGACCACUUCCUUGAGAUUUGACGGCGCAAUUAAUGUGGACAUUACUGAGUUCCAGACUAAUCUUGUGCCAUAUCCUCGUAUCCAUUUCAUGCUUUCAUCUUAUGCACCUGUAAUAUCCGCUGCAAAGGCCUUCCAUGAGCAGCUAUCAGUUCCUGAGAUCACCAGUGCUGUUUUUGAGCCAUCAAGUAUGAUGGCCAAGUGUGAUCCAAGGCAUGGCAAGUACAUGGCAUGCUGCCUGAUGUAUCGCGGAGAUGUUGUUCCCAAAGAUGUAAAUGCAGCUGUUUCAAAUAUCAAGACAAAGCGAACAGUUCAGUUUGUUGACUGGUGUCCUACUGGUUUCAAGUGUGGAAUCAACUACCAGCCUCCAACAGUGGUACCAGGAGGUGAUCUUGCCAAGGUGCAGCGAGCGGUUUGUAUGAUAAGCAACAACACAGCCGUUGCUGAGGUUUUCUCUCGCAUUGAUUACAAAUUUGACCUCAUGUAUGCUAAGAGGGCAUUUGUCCACUGGUAUGUGGGUGAAGGAAUGGAAGAAGGUGAAUUCUCAGAAGCCCGGGAGGAUCUUGCUGCUCUUGAAAAGGACUAUGAAGAGGUUGGAGCAGAAGGUACAGAAGAAGAAGCUGAAGAAGGUUACUGAAAGCUUCAUCUUAAGCUACCUUACCUGCAUUUCUUCUCCCUUCAUUUCUCUGUCUAGUAUCUGUUAUUGUCCAUUGUUUUUUAAGGAUCUUUCUGUUGUGUGCUAGCUCUGUUCUUACUAUUGUUUCAUGCUAGUGUUGAGUGAGACAAUUGCUUUCUUCAUGAGCAGAAGUGGUUUAUUUGUCAUUUUGAAUCACUUGGAUGUUUAUGUGAAAGAGCGGAAUAAAUGGCUGGUAGGAAUGCUACAAAUUUCCAUUACUUCAAAUAAAUUAUAUGUUUAUUUUAUCUUUUGCAAUAAUA